AUGUGCGGAUUAGAACUACUGCGAUUGCGCAGACACAAUAAGAGAGAGGUGAAACGUGUGGCUCCUGAGGCUAUGGGGCCUCCAUGGAAGAGGACCAAGAGUAGCUCCAGGGUUUCAGAGGGCAUAUCUGGGCAAGUGGCUAGUGACCUGCCCAUGGCCAGUGGGAUUUACCCAGACGUCGGGCUCAUAUCGCUUCUCAACCCAGGCGGGCCACUCGGCAACCCUCCCGCCCCCUUCUGCCGCCGCCCUCCUGUUCCUUCUCGAGUCAGGUGGACAGUGAUUCACGACCAGGUAAAGGCUCAGGCCCUGAGCCAAGAGAUAGACACCUUGCUGGCCAAGGAAACUCAAGCCACUGCAGACACCCGCACCUUGCUCAACCACAUAGACCUGUUGGGUCUUCGUGUGAACUGGCAGAAGAGCAACCUGAUUCCGUCUCAGCAGGUUACAUUUCUCGGUAUGGCCAAACAAAACCAACGAUAUGACAGCAGACAGGUGAGAGAUCUUAUACAGUUCUAUUACCCUGAUAAGAAGGAAACCAAACCUGAGAACAAGCAGAAGGGCAAAGAAAGCUCAGAGGAUAAGAGCUCCUCUGAACCAUCCACCUCUGGACAGAGCAGCGCUGAGGGUGGAAAGAAAGAUGGAGGAUGUGAGGCGGUGAGGAGAUGGAGCAGAGAAGGAGGAUCGUCAUGCUGCCAGCUGGAUGACCUGAAGACACUUUCAAAGUGUGACAUGAGGCUGGGAAAUCUGAGCUUCUCUAGGUCUCACACCGUCCUCAUAGAUGUGAAAGUUUUUCACCAGGGUCAAGUUGUUCCUCAGAGAGGGAGAGACGUGUGGCACAGUAACUUUGUCAAGAUGCCGUGUUCAAUGUCAAGCAUGUCACCAAAACCAGAUAUGUCACUAUUUGGACGGAUACCAAAUUCGUCCUCACAUUUAGAAAAUCACUUUUCAACACUAUUUUCGAAGAUCGCUGCUCUGGCCUUGAAGUUGCCUAAACAAGUUGAAAAGACCAUCCCGCUGCUUCAGCGUCAUCAACCUGCAACCAUCACUUUGUCCCAGUUCCAGAUUGCAUGUCUGCUCGCUAACGCUUUCUACUGCACCUUCCCUCACCGCAACACCACAAAACCCGACUCAGAAUACCACAACUACCCGUCAAUAAACUUCAGCAGAUUGUUUGGAGACUGGUCAGAGCGGAAGAACCAGAAGCUCAUGGCCAUCAUGGAGUAUUUUAACGUGGUGACAGAUGAUAAAUUCAGACAUGAUGGACUGGUGACGUUUGAGAGGCGUUGCCUCAGAGAUGCAGAUGUACCGGACUGGAGAGGGUGCAGAGAAACACUGGGAAAACUGCAUGUAACCUCAGAGGGCACGAUCGAGGAUGAAGGUACAGGGCUGCUUCAGGUGGACUUUGCUGCCAAGUGGAUAGGCGGGGGUGUCCUGGACACUGGUCUGGUUCAGGAAGAGAUUCUGUUCCUCAUGCAUCCAGAGCUGAUCGUGUCUCGCCUCUUUACAGAGAAACUUGACGACAAAGAGUGUCUCAUCAUUACAGGUACGCAGAGGUUCAGUUGCUGUGAUGGUUUAAGUGACAGAUUUCAGUGGAUGGGACCUUUCCACGAUAAACUUGAAAGAGAUGAUUGGAAGCGGCUAAAGCGUCAGAUUCUGGCUAUAGAUGCGCUUCAUUUCAGACAUCCAAAGGAGCAGUACAGUAUGGAUAAAGUUAGACGGGAACUGAACAAGGCUUACUGUGGCUUUAAAGGCCAGCCUGGCCGUGAAGAGCCAGACAUAGCUACAGGGAAGUGGGGCUGUGGAGCCUUCAAUGGAGACGCAGAACUCAAAGCUGUGAUCCAGCUGAUGGCCGCAGCAAAGGCCAGAAGAGGUUUGGUCUUCUUCACAUUCAAAGAUGAUUAUCUGACAAAGAGGUUGCAACAGAUUUACCACUCCCUGGUAUCACAGAAGGCGACAGUUGGCCAGCUGUAUAAACAUCUGGAAAUUUACUGUAGUCUUCAACGUAAACAAGGAACUUCACAUGAAGGCCUUUUUGACUACCUGGGAAAAAUAAAACUACCGGUAAAUAGUUCACUUUAGGAAUUCUCUUCUAUUUGCUUGAAACUGAAGGAACGAGAUAAAACAAAUACAAUGAGAGUCAAUUAUGAUGAUGAUUAGCUUUUUGGACGAU